AUGGACGUUCGUCAAAAAUUGUUUGCCAAAUCGCAAACGACUAACACAGAGACCGCGGCAGCCGCUGCGGCGGCGGCAAUGGCUGUCGAAGAGGAGAACCAAGUUCGACGUCAUUCGUUUCAUUUUGACGGAUCACGUUACUUCUCCUGGCUUCCCUCGUUGCACGUGGAGCUGUCUGAUGUUAUUCGUGAGGUGUUUGCAGCUGGUGCGGAUCAGUUCAACCAAGUGGUCGACGAUUUGACCCCACGUCCUCCACCGACGAAUCUGGUCGCAAUGCAAACAGAUGCGAUCACCCGUGCCGGGGAUUACACGUCAGAAGGGAGUCGAGCCACAGCAUUUGACCCGGAACAUUAUGAACUGAUUCGUCUACCGACCAGAUUACGUCAACCGGCUCGGGAAAUUGCACGCAUGUUUCCCCAAUUCCCUCUUGGUACGAUUGUGGCCGAUCUGUUGCGUACUGGUGUGCCAGAAGUUACUGUGGAAAAUCUGAUCUCAAGACCGCCUCCGGUACGCUCUUUGUCUCCAUCCCCAUCACUAGCGCAAUCAACAACAGUAGUACGAUCACGCUUAUCUAAUACCGGCACUAACGUGCGUUCGUUGUUCGGAGGUGCUAACGUGGAUCAGAAUAGUGGCGGAACGAGCACUGCUGAGGCAACCGAUUCUGUUCCCGCUGUCUCAUUCGCCUCGUCCACGCAUACGAACACUGAAGAGCUGGAUGGUUCUGGUCCCGAGACUAUUUUGGCUCGUAGACGACGAUUUAUGCUUGACCAGGCCCGAGAACGCUUUUUCUCCCGCAACCCUCCACCCUGA